CCCGCGCGGCUCACCAUGGCGGAAGGCGGAGAAGGCGAGGACGAAAUCCAGUUCUUACGCACCGACGAUGAGGUGGUGCUACAGUGCUCCGCCACACUCCAUAAAGAGCAAUGGAAACUCUGUCUGGCGGCCGAGGGCUUUGGAAACAGACUCUGCUUCCUGGAAUCCACGUCCAAUUCGAAGAAUGUUCCCCCGGAUCUGUCGAUAUGCACGUUUGUACUGGAGCAGUCGCUGUCGGUGCGGGCACUGCAGGAGAUGCUGGCCAACACAGAGGAGAAGACGGAGGGGAAAUUCAUGAUGAAGACUGCACAGGGAGGAGGUCAUCGCACUCUUCUCUACGGCCAUGCAGUUUUACUCCGGCACUCCUACAGUGGAAUGUACCUCUGCUGUCUGGCCACUUCUCGGUCUUCGACAGAUAAACUCGCGUUUGACGUGGGACUUCAGGAGGAAACUACAGGCGAAGCCUGUUGGUGGACUAUACACCCUGCUUCCAAACAGAGAUCAGAAGGUGAGAAAGUUCGUGUUGGUGAUGACCUCAUUCUGGUCAGCGUGUCCUCGGAACGGUACCUGCACUUGUCAUAUGGUAAUGGGAGUCUGCACGUGGAUGCAGCCUUCCAGCAAACACUGUGGAGUGUCGCACCAAUCUGCUCUGGGAGCGAGGUUGCUCAGGGCUUCCUGAUUGGUGGAGAUGUCUUGCGGCUGUUGCAUGGUCACAUGGACGAGUGUCUGACGGUUCAGUCAGGAGAACACAGCGAGGAGCAACGCAGGUCAGUGCACUAUGAAGGAGGUGCUGUGUCCACCCAUGCCCGCUCCCUCUGGAGGCUGGAGACACUCAGAGUCGCCUGGAGCGGCAGCCAUACUCGCUGGGGUCAGCCGUUCCGUCUACGUCAUGUGACCACUGGGAAGUACCUGAGCCUGCUGGAUGACAAAGGACUCGUUCUUAUGGACAAGGAGAAGGCAGAUGUGAAGUCUACAGCCUUCUGCUUCCGCUCCUCGAAGGAGAAACUGGACUUUGGCCUGAGGAAGGAGAUGGAUGGUAUGGGGAUCCCUGACAUCAAAUACGGCGACUCGGUCUGCUACAUCCAGCACGUGGGCACCGGGCUCUGGCUCACCUACCAAUCAGUGGACACCAAGUGUGCUCGCAUGGGCGGGGUCCAGAGGAAGGCUAUAAUGCAUCACGAGGGUCACAUGGAUGACGGUCUGACACUCUCUCGCUCCCAACACGAAGAAUCUCGCACUGCCAGGGUCAUCCGGAGCACAGUCUUCCUGUUUAACCGCUUCAUCAGGGGUCUGGACACUCUCAGCAAGAAGGGAAAGACCUCGAUGUUCGAUCUACCAAUCGAAUCAGUCAGCCUGAGUCUGCAGGAUCUGAUUGGCUACUUCCAUCCACCCGACGAACACCUAGAACACGAGGACAAACAGAACCGUCUCCGAGCCCUGAAGAACCGACAGAACCUUUUUCAGGAAGAGGGAAUGAUAACUCUGGUCCUGGAGUGUAUCGACCGCUUGCAUGUUUACAGUAGUGCUGCCCACUUUGCGGACGUGGCGGGUCGAGAGGCCGGAGAAGCCUGGGGAUCCACCCUCAACUCCCUGUAUGAGCUGCUGGCUGCGCUGAUCAGGGGCAACAGGAAGAACUGCGCUCAGUUUUCCGGAUCGCUGGAUUGGCUGAUCAGUCGUCUGGAGAGACUGGAAGCAUCGUCAGGGAUCUUGGAGGUCGUGCACUGUGUGCUAGUGGAGAGCCCUGAAGCUCUGAACAUAAUCAAAGAGGCACACAUCAGGUCUAUCAUCUCCCUGCUGGACAAACACGGACGCAACCGUAAGGUGCUGGACGUGCUGUGUUCUCUGUGUGUGUGUCAUGGCGUAGCAGUGCGCUCCAACCAGCACCUGAUCUGUGAUAACCUGCUGCCUGGCCGAGACCUCCUUCUGCAGACGCGCCUGGUCAACUACGUCAGCAGCAUGAGGCCAAACAUCUUUUUGGGCGUAAGUGAAGGUUCGGCCCAGUAUAAGAAGUGGUACUACGAGCUGAUGGUGGACCACGUGGAGCCGUUUGUGACGGCCGAGGCCACACACCUGAGAGUGGGCUGGGCCUCGACGCCUGGCUACGCACCUUACGCAGGUGGAGGGGAAGGUUGGGGCGCCAACGGCGUCGGAGAUGACCUCUACUCCUACGGCUUUGACGGGCUCCACCUGUGGUCAGGCUGCAUCUCCCGGACGGUCAGUUCCCCCAGGCAGCAUCUCCUGAGUGCGGAUGAUGUGGUGAGCUGCUGCCUGGACCUCAGCGCUCCCAGUAUCUCCUUCCGUAUCAAUGGGCAGCCUGUCCAGGGCAUGUUCGAGAACUUCAACUCUGAUGGCCUCUUCUUCCCUGUGGUCAGCUUCUCCGCUGGCAUCAAAGUGCGUUUCCUGUUGGGCAGUCGUCACGGAGAGUUUAAGUUCCUGCCACCUGCAGGAUAUGUCCCGUGUUUUGAGGCGGUGUUGCCACGGGAGAAGUUGCGAGUUGAGCACAGUCAGGAGUAUAAGCAUGACCAUGGCAGGACGCGGGACCUGCUGGGGCCAACUGUCACGCUCUCUCAGGCUGCCUUCACUCCUACACCUGUGGACACCAGUCAGAUUGUGCUGCCACCGCACCUGGAGCGGAUCCGAGAGAAGCUGGCGGAGAACAUCCAUGAGCUGUGGGUCAUGAACAAGAUUGAGCUGGGUUGGAUGUACGGAGCGGUCAGGGACGACAGUAAGAGACAGCAUCCCUGCCUGGUGGAGUUCUCCAAACUGCCAGAACAGGAACGCAACUACAACCUCCAGAUGUCCCUGGAGACUCUGAAGACUCUGCUGGCUUUGGGUUGCCACGUCGGAGUUGCAGACGAACGGGCUGUGGACAAAGUGAAGCGUCUGAAACUCUCCGCCAAAUAUGAGCUGACCAGUGGGUAUAAGCCAUCUCCGAUGGACCUGAGCCAUAUCAAGCUUGCGUCGACACAGGAGGCCAUGGUGGACAAACUCGCAGAGAACGCCCACAACGUGUGGGCCAGAGACCGGAUUCGACAGGGAUGGACCUAUGGGAUCCAACAGGAUGUGAAGAACAAGCGGAAUCCUCGGUUGGUGCCUUACGCCCUACUGGACGACAGAACCAAGAAAUCCAACAAGGAUAGCUUAAGAGAGGCAGUGCGCACGUUGCUAGGUUACGGAUACAACCUGGAGGCCCCUGACCAGGACCACGCCGCCCGGACAGACAUCAACGGCGCCUCCUCUGAGCGAUUCCGGAUUUUCCGGGCGGAGAAGACCUACUGCGUGAAUGCCGGGAAGUGGUAUUUCGAGCUGGAGGUGCUGACAGCAGGUGAGAUGCGCGUGGGCUGGACCCGUCCAGGCUGCCUGCCUGACCUGGAGCUGGGCUCCGACGACCAGGCCUUCGUCUUCGACGGGUUUAAGGCUCAGCGCUGGCACCAGGGUAAUGAACACUUUGGGAGAUCGUGGUUAGCGGGGGAUGUUGUGGGCUGUAUGGUGGAUCUGAAUGAACACACCAUGAUGUUCACGCUCAACGGGGAAGUUCUGCUAGAUGACUCCGGCUCCGAACUCGCCUUCAAAGACUUCGAGGUCUGGGAAGGCUUCAUCCCCGUGUGCAGUAUGGGAGUGGGACAGGUGGGACGUAUGAACCUCGGCAAGGACGUGAGCACGCUGAAGUACUUCACCAUCUGUGGCCUCCAGGAAGGCUUCGAGCCCUUCGCCGUAAACAUGAACCGCGAGGUCACCAUGUGGCUCAGCCAGAGGUUACCCCAGUUCAUCACUGUGCCUGCUGGACAUGAGCACAUCGAGGUCACAAGAAUCGAUGGCUCAGUGGAGAGUUCCCCAUGCCUAAAGGUCAUACAGAGGUCAUUUGGCUCGCAGAAUAGUAACACGGACAUGGCGUUUUACCGGCUGAGCAUGCCAAUCGAGUGUGCCGAGAGCUUUGGCAAACCGGCGGGCGGGACCCUGCCUGCCAACGGCAGCAUCUUCACCCCGAAGAAGGACCUGGACGACUUCGAGACCGUGUCGGACUUUGAGGUGCUGAUGAAGAGUGCUCAUGGACACAUUGGUCCAAACGGGCCCGAGAGAGACAGGGAUGAGUUCAACAACCAUAAGGACUACAACCAGGAGAAACCGUCCAAACUCAAACAGAGAUUCAUGCUGAAGAGGUCUAAACCUGAGUUCAGUACAAGUAACUCCUCUGCUCGCCUCUCGGAGGAGGUUCUGGCUGACGAGAGGGAUGAUUACGAGUGUUUAAUGCACACAUCCACGUACUAUUACGCGGUGCGAAUAUUUCCGGGUCAGGAGCCAUCCAGAGUGUGGGUCGGCUGGGUGACGUCUGACUUCCACCAGUAUGACCCCGCCUUCCAGCUGGACAAGGUCCGCACUGUGACCGUCACCCUUGGCGAUGAGAAGGGCAAAGUUCAUGAGAGUAUUAAGCGCAGUAACUGCUACAUGGUGUGGGCUGGAGAGAACAAUAACCCUGGUCAAGGUCGUAACAAUAACGGUCUGGAGAUCGGCUGUAUGGUGGAUACAGCCAGUGGGCUUCUCACCUUCACUGCUAACAGCAAAGAGCUCAGCACAUACUACCAGGUGGAGCCCAGCACUAAACUCUUUCCUGCAGUGUUUGCUCAGGCCACCAGCCCCAGCGUCUUUCAGUUUGAACUUGGACGCAUCAAGAACGUGAUGCCCCUGUCAGCGGGGUUGUUUAAGAGUGAGAGGAAGAACCCAGUCCCCCAGUGUCCACCACGCCUGCAUGUGCAGUUCCUUACCCCUGUGCUCUGGAGCCGAGUGCCCAAUCACUUCCUCAGGUCAGAGGUCACCAGGGUCAACGAGCGGCAUGGCUGGAUGUUGCAGUCUACAGAGCCGCUACAAUUUAUGGCCCUGCAUAUACCUGAAGAGAACAGGUCCCUGGACAUCCUGGAGCUGUCAGAGCAGGAGGAACUCCUACAGUUCCACUCCCACACACUGCGCCUGUACUCGGCCGUGUGCGCCCUGGGCAACAACCGCGUGGCCAACGCGUUGUGUAGCCACGUCGACGAGUCCCAGCUCCUCUUCGCCAUCCAGAACAAGUCCAUGCCGGGCUUUCUGCGGGCAGGGUACUACGACCUCCUAAUGGACAUCCACCUCCGCACGUAUGCCACCGCCCGCCUCAUGAUGAAUGGCGAGUACAUCGUGCCCAUGACGGAGGAGACCAAGAGCAUCACGCUGUUCCCCGACGAGAAGAAGAAGCACGGCCUUCCUGGCAUCGGCCUCAGCACCUCGCUCCGCCCCCGCAUGCGCUUCUCCUCCCCCAACUUCGUGGGGGGCGUGGCCAUGGGCGUGGCCGCCGGCGACCGCUUCCAGUACAGCCCAGAGUUCCCGCUGGAGGCACUGAAGAGCCGCACCAUGGAGAUGCUGACGGAAGCUGUGCAGGAAGGCAGCCUGCACGUACGCGACCCAGUAGGGGGCAGCACCGAGUUCCUGUUCGUGCCGCUUAUCAAGCUCUUCUACACUCUGCUCAUCAUGGGCAUCUUCCACAACGGAGACCUGAGAACCGUCCUGCGGCUCAUCGACCCCGGCGUGUUCGCCCAGGACGGCAGGGGCGAGCCGGGCCAUGGCGCCCCCGCCAGGGAGGGCCCGGACCCGGAGGGCCAGGCGGACGGAGGCCCUGCGCGGCAGAAGGAUCACGGCAAUGCCGAGCCGUCCAAAGAAGGUCUCCUGCAGAUGAAGCUACCAGAGCCGGUGAAGCUGCAGAUGUGUCACCUGCUGCAGUAUCUGUGUGACUGUCAGGUGCGCCACCGUAUCGAGGCGGUCGUCGCCUUCUCGGAUGACUUUGUGGCUAACCUACAGGAGAACCAGCGCUUCCGCUACAACGAGGUCAUGCAGGCACUCAACAUGUCUGCUGCCCUGACCGCCCGCAAAACCAAAGAGUUCCGCUCCCCGCCCCAGGAGCAGAUUAACAUGUUGCUGAGCUUUAAGGGUGAGAAGCAGGACUGUCCGUGUCCAGAUGACAUCAGAGAGCAGCUGCUGCAAUUCCAUGAGGAUCUCAUGACCCACUGUGGUAUAGAGAUUGAGGACGAGAAGAUGGGGGAAGCAGAUGGAGACUUCACUAUCCGAGGGCGUCUCAUGUCUCUGGUGGAGAAGGUGGCCUACUUAAAGGAAAAAAUGGCUGACAUGCCAAAGAAAAAAAAAGCCAAGAAGCCCAGUACCCUUCAGCAGUUGAUCUCAGAGACGAUGGUGCGCUGGGCGCAGGAGUCUGUGAUCGAGGACCCGGAGCUGGUGCGCGCCAUGUUCGUGCUGCUGCAUAGGCAGUACGAUGGCAUUGGCGGGCAGGUUCGGGCGCUGCCCAAGACCUACACCAUCAACGCUGUGUCCGUGGAGGACACCAUCAACCUGCUGGCCUCACUGGGACAAAUCCGCUCUCUGCUCAGCGUGCGCAUGGGCCGCGAGGAGGAGAAACUCAUGAUCCGGGGGCUCAGUGACAUCAUGAACAACAAGGUGUUCUACCAGCACCCAAACCUGAUGAGGGCCCUGGGCAUGCACGAGACCGUCAUGGAGGUCAUGGUCAACGUUCUGAGUGGCGGAGAGUCCAAGGAGAUCACGUUUCCUAAGAUGGUAGCGAACUGCUGCCGAUUCCUGUGCUACUUCUGCCGUAUCAGCCGUCAGAACCAGAAGGCCAUGUUUGACCACCUCAGCUAUCUGCUGCAGAACAGCAGCGUCGGCCUCGCCUCUCCGUCUAUGCGUGGCUCCACUCCACUGGACGUAGCUGCUGCAUCUGUGAUGGAUAACAAUGAGUUAGCCCUGGCCCUGAGGGAGCCCGACCUGGAGAAAGUAGUUCAGUAUCUAGCAGGCUGUGGUCUACAGAGCUGUGUGAUGCUGGUGUCUAAAGGCUACCCCGAUAUUGGCUGGAACCCCGUGGAGGGAGAACGGUACCUUGACUUCCUGCGAUUCGCCGUCUUCUGCAACGGUGAAAGUGUGGAGGAGAAUGCUAACGUGGUCGUCCGCCUCCUGAUUCGUCGGCCAGAGUGCUUUGGCCCCGCCCUGCGGGGUGAAGGUGGGAAUGGUCUGCUAGCCGUGAUGGAGGAAGCCAUUAAAAUAUCCGAGGAUCCCAGCCGAGACGGACCCUCUCCUGCGUCAGAGGACAGCAAGACUCUCAGCGACAUGAUGGAGGAUGAGGAAGAUGACACCAUACACACGGGUAAUGCCAUCAUGACCUUCUACGCUGCUCUGAUUGACCUGCUGGGCCGCUGUGCUCCGGAGAUGCAUUUGAUCCACGCUGGGAAAGGUGAGGCGAUCCGUAUCCGGGCCAUCCUUCGCUCGCUCAUUCCCAUUGAGGACCUGGAGGGGGUGAUCAGUAUUCCUUUCCCCAUGCCCACCCUGGCUAAAGAUGGAUCUGUGCUGGAGCCAGACAUGUCGGCUGGGUUCUGUCCUGACCACAAGGCCGCCAUGGUGCUGUUCCUGGAUCGUGUUUAUGGAAUCGAGGACCAGAACUUCCUGCUGCACCUGCUGGAGGUUGGCUUCCUUCCUGACCUCAGGGCCGCCGCUUCGUUGGACACGGCUGUGCUGAGUGCCACAGACAUGGCGUUGGCUCUGAACCGGUACCUGUGCACGGCUGUGCUGCCGUUACUGACCAAGUGUGCGCCCCUGUUUGCCGGCACGGAGCCGUUCGCCUCGCUCAUUGACUCGCUGCUCCACACUGUGUACCGUCUGUCUAAGGGCUGCUGUCUGACCAAGGCCCAGAGGGACGCCAUCGAGGAGUGCCUACUGGCUAUCUGUGGAAAACUGAGGCCUUCUAUGAUGCAACAUCUUCUCCGGCGUCUGGUGUUUGAUGUUCCCCUGCUAAACGAACACACUAAAAUGCCUUUGAAGCUGUUGACCAAUCACUAUGAGCGGUGUUGGAAGUAUUACUGCCUGUCAGGAGGGUGGGGCAGUUUUGGAGCUGCAUCUGACGAGGAGCUGCACCUCACCAGAAAACUUUUCUGGGGAAUCUUUGAUGCUCUGGCCAGAAAGAGGUAUGAUGUGGAGCUCUUCAAGCUGGCUCUGCCUUGCCUCAGCGCUGUUGCGGGAGCUCUGCCUCCAGACUACAUGGAGUCCAACUACAUCGCCAUGAUGGAGAAGCAGUCAUCCAUGGAUGCAGAAGGAAACUUUAACCCACAGCCUGUGGACACCAGCAAUGCGAACAUUCCUGAGAAGUUGGAUCACUUUAUUAAUAAGUAUGCGGAGCAUUCCCAUGAGCGAUGGUCCAUGGAGAAGUUUGCUAACGGUUGGGCGCGUGGAGAGCAGCUGUGUGAAGCCUCCAAGUUUCACCCUCUGCUGAAGCCGUACAAGAGCCUCUCUGAGAAGGAUAAAGAGGUGUACCAUUGGCCAAUCAAAGAGACUCUGAAGACCAUGCUGUCCUGGGGGUGGAGCAUUGAGCGGACGAGGGAGAGCGACCCCACCCGCUUACACAGCCGCACACGCAGGACCUCACUCUGCAGCCAGCUGUCCAUAGAGGGCACUCAUGGAUUCAGCCCCAGACCAGUGGACAUGAGCAAUGUCACGCUCUCCCGGGAUCUGCAUUCUAUGGCUGAACUGCUUGCGGAGAACUAUCAUAAUAUUUGGGCCAAGAAGAAGAAGCUUGAACUGGAAGCCAAAGGUGGAGGAAGCCAUCCACUGCUGGUUCCCUACGAUACUCUCACCGCCAAAGAGAAAUCCAAAGACCGGGAAAAAGCACAAGACAUUCUGAAGUUUCUGCAGAUCAAUGGAUACACAGUGUCGAGGGCCAUGAAGGAGCAGGAUCUCGACACACCGUCUAUAGAGAAGCGCUUUGCCUACACAUUUCUCCAGCAGCUCAUUGCCUACGUAGACGAAGCCCAUGAACACAUGCUGGAGUUCGACGUUGGUACUCGACUGAAAGGAGAGAAAAUCCCUCACGAACAGCAGAUGAAGUUCUUUGGGAAGGUUGUUCUACCAUUGGUUGACCAGUACUUUAAGAACCAUCGGCUCUACUUCCUGUCCACUGCCAUUCGGCCAAUCAGCAGUGGAGGCCAUGCGUCUAAUAAGGAGAAAGAGAUGGUGACCAGUCUUUUCUGCAAACUGGGAGUUCUUGUCAGGCAUAGGAUAUCUCUGUUUGGAAGUGACGCUACAUCUAUAGUGAACUGCCUUCAUAUACUGGGACAGACGCUGGACUCCAGGACCGUGAUGAAGACGGGGCAGGAAGCGGUCAAGUCGGCCCUGCGAUCGUUCUUUGACAACGCCGCCGAGGACCUGGAGCGGACCAUGGAGAACCUGCGACAGGGCCAGUUCACGCACACCAGGACGCCGGCGCGAGGCGUCACCCAGAUCAUCAACUACACCACGGUGGCUCUGCUUCCAGUCCUCUCCUCGCUGUUCGAGCACAUCGGCCAGAACCUGUUCGGAGAAGAUCUUAUCCUGGAUGAUGUCCAGGUGUCCUGCUACAGGAUCCUAACUAGUCUCUAUUCACUGGGCACCAGCAAAAGCAUCUAUGUAGAAAGGCAGAGACCUGCCCUGGGCGAGUGUCUGGCUGCGUUCUCCGGGGCCUUCCCCGUUGCAUUCCUGGAGCCUCAUCUGAACAAAUAUAACAGCUACUCCAUCUACAACACCAAGUGCUCGAGAGACAGGACGGUCUCCGGUCUCCCCACCCAGGUGGAGGAAGCGUGUCCCCUAGUGCCUUCCCUGGAGAAAGCCCUAGAAGAGAUCAUGGAGCUGGCGGAGUCCGGCAUGCGCUACACCCAGAUGCCCCACGUCAUGGAGGUGGUACUGCCCAUGCUGUGCAGUUACAUGUCCCACUGGUGGGAGCAUGGGCGUGAGAGCAACCCCGAGCACGCCCACGACUGCUGCACCUCCCUGACCUCCGAGCACAUGAACGCCCUGCUGGGGAAUAUCCUUAAAAUCAUCUACAACAACCUGGGCAUCGAGGCUGGGGCCUGGAUGAAGAGACUGGCAGUCUACUCCCAGCCCAUCAUCAGCAAGGCCCGGCCACAGCUGCUGAAGACCCACUUCCUGCCUCUAAUGGAGAAGCUGAAGAAGAAGGCCUCCACCGUGGUGCAGGAUGAGGAGCAGAUGAAGGCGGAGGGCCGUGGGGAGAUGUCCGAGUCUGAGCUGCUCAUCCUGGAUGAGUUCACCAUCCUCGUGCGAGACCUGUACGCCUUCUACCCUCUCCUCAUCCGCUUCGUCGACUACAACAGAGCAAAGUGGCUGAAGGAACCGAACCCAGAGGCUGAGGAGCUGUUCCGUAUGGUGGCUGAGGUCUUCAUCUUCUGGGCUAAGUCCCAUAAUUUCAAACGGGAGGAGCAGAACUUUGUUGUUCAGAAUGAAAUAAACAACAUGUCAUUCCUCAUUACCGACACCAAAUCCAAAAUGUCCAAGGGGGCAGUGUCAGACCAGGAGAGGAAGAAGAUGAAGAAGAGAGGGGAUCGAUAUUCUAUGCAGACCUCUCUCAUUGUGGCUGCCCUGAAGAGACUGCUUCCUGUUGGCCUGAAUAUCUGUGCACCCGGCGACCAGGAGCUAAUCGCCCUCGCCAAAAUGCGCUUCACGCAGAAGGACACAGAGAAGGAGGUGCGGGAGAGCAUCCGUAACAAUCUGCACCUGCAGGGCAAGCUAGAGGAUCCUGCGAUUCGCUGGCAGAUGGCCCUGUAUAAGGACAUGCCCAAUCGCACCGAGGACACAUCCCACCCGGAGAAGACAGUGGAGAGGGUGCUGGACAUCGCACAUGUGCUGUUCCACCUGGACCAGGUGGAGCACCCUCAGAGGAGCAAGAAGGCAGUGUGGCGCAAGCUCCUUUCCAAGCAGAGGAAGCGGGCGGUGGUGGCCUGCUUCAGGAUGGCUCCCCUCUACAACCUGCCCAGGCACCGCGCGGUGAACCUCUUCCUCCAAGGCUAUGAGAAGUCCUGGAUUGAGACAGAAGAACAUUAUUUCGAGGACAAGCUCAUAGAGGAUUUGGCUAAGUCGGGAGGGGACGAGCCGUCCGAGGACGAUGAGGGUCUCAAACGAAUGGACCCUCUUCAUCAACUCAUACAGCUCUUCAGCCGGACUGCACUCACAGAGAAAUGUAAACUGGAGGAUGACGGCUUGUACAUGGCCUACGCUGGUAUCAUGGCUAAGAGUUGCCAUGAUGAAGAGGAAGAUGAAGAAGAAGUAAAAAGUUUUGAAGAGAAGGAGAUGGAGAAGCAGAAGUUACUGUACCAGCAGGCCCGACUGCACGACCGUGGCGCAGCUGAGAUGGUGCUACAGACCAUCAGUGCCAGCAAAGGUGAGAUGGGACCAAUGGUGGCUUCCACUCUGAAGCUGGGUAUCGCCAUACUCAACGGUGGCAACUCCACGGUGCAGCAGAAAAUGCUGGACUAUCUAAAGGAGAAGAGAGAUGUGGGUUUUUUCCAGAGUCUGGCUGGACUGAUGCAGUCCUGCAGCGUUCUGGAUCUGAACGCGUUCGAGAGGCAGAACAAGGCUGAGGGUUUGGGUAUGGUCACAGAAGAAGGCUCAGUCAUCCGUCAUGAGCGUGGUGAGAAGGUCAUGCGGGACGAUGAGUUCACCUGUGACCUGUUUCGCUUCCUGCAGCUGCUCUGCGAAGGUCACAACUCAGAUUUCCAGAACUACCUGCGAACGCAGACGGGGAACAAUACGACAGUCAACGUCAUCAUCUCCACCGUGGACUACCUUCUUAGAGUACAGGAGUCGAUCAGUGAUUUCUACUGGUAUUAUUCUGGGAAGGAUGUGAUUGACGAACAGGGCCAGCGGAAUUUCUCCAAGGCCAUCAACGUGGCCAAACAGGUGUUCAACACUAUUACAGAGUAUAUUCAGGGGCCCUGCACGGGUAACCAACAGAGCCUGGCGCACAGCCGCCUGUGGGACGCCGUGGUGGGCUUCCUCCAUGUGUUCGCACACAUGCAGAUGAAGCUGUCUCAGGACUCCAGUCAGAUCGACCUGCUGAAAGAGCUGAUGGACCUCCAGAAGGACAUGGUUGUGAUGUUGCUGUCCAUGUUAGAGGGAAAUGUUGUAAAUGGUACCAUCGGAAAGCAGAUGGUCGACAUGUUGGUGGAGUCCUCCAACAAUGUUGAGAUGAUUCUCAAGUUCUUUGACAUGUUCCUGAAACUAAAAGACCUCACGUCUUCCGACGCCUUCAAAGAGUACGACCCUGAUGGGAAGGGUAUCAUCUCCAAAAGGGACUUCCACAAAGCCAUGGAGAGCCAGAAGCACUACACCCAGUCGGAGACCGAGUUCCUGCUCUCCUGCGCCGAGACGGAUGAGAACGAGUUGCUGGACUAUGAGGAGUUUGUGGAGCGCUUCCACGAGCCGGCAAAGGACAUCGGCUUCAACGUGGCCGUGCUCCUGACCAACCUCUCGGAGCACAUGCCACACGACUCGCGCCUGCAGACGUUCCUGGAGCUGGCCGACAGCGUGCUGAACUACUUCCAGCCCUACCUGGGCCGCAUCGAGAUCAUGGGCAGUGCCAAACGCAUCGAGCGCGUCUACUUCGAGAUCAGUGAGUCCAGCCGCACGCAGUGGGAGAAGCCGCAGGUGAAGGAGUCCAAGCGACAGUUCAUCUUCGACGUGGUCAACGAGGGUGGCGAGAAGGAGAAGAUGGAGCUCUUCGUCAACUUCUGCGAGGACACCAUCUUUGAGAUGCAGCUGGCGGCGCAGAUGUCCGACACCGGCGAGCGCUCCGCCGUUAAGGAGGAGAGCGAGCGGGAGAGGCCCGAGGAGGAGGCGCCCGAGAUGGGCUUCUUCUCCGUUACCACUGUCCACACUGCCCUGCUUGCCCUGCGCUACAACGUCAUGCUCCUCGUGAAGGUGCUGUCCAUGAAGAGCCUGAAGAAGCAGCUUAAGAAGGCGAAGAAGAUGACGGUGAAGGACCUGGUGACGACGUUCGCAGCGUUCUACUGGAGCGCCGUGAUGGGCCUUCUGCACUUCGCCUUCAGCGUGGCUCGAGGAUUUUUCCGCAUCGUCUACAACAGCUUCCUGGGCGGCAGCCUGGUGGAGGGCGCCAAGACCAUGAAGGUAUCGGAGCUGCUGGCCAACAUGCCCGACCCGACGCAGGACGAGGUGAGGGGCGAGGGGGAGGAGGCCGAGAGGAAGCUGGCCGACAAAGCCUCCGACGAGGAAGAUCUGGCCGACCUGGCGGUGGCGUCGGACGACACCGACCUGCUGACGGACAUUUUCGGGUUGGACCUGAAGCGAGAGGGUGGUCAGUAUAAACUGAUGCCCCAUAAUCCCCAUGCCGACCUGACAGAGCUGCUGAACACACCUGUGGCCCCGCCCCCGACACCUUCUCCUGAGCACAGCAGGAGACUCCAGACAAAGGGCUCGACGUCGUCGACGGAUGAGAAAGAAAUUGCGGAUGAGAGCAAGUCUAUGCCGGAGAAGGCCGAAGGUGAGGAUGGAGAGAAGAAGGAGGUCCUGAAGAAACGCAGGACACAGCAACAAUACUCCUCCAAACCGGACGAGCCGGACCUGCAGGAGUCGGCCUUCUGGAAAAAGAUCAUCGCCUACCAGCGCAAGCUGCUGAACUAUUUUGCCAGGAACUUCUACAACAUGAGGAUGCUGGCUCUGUUCGUGGCCUUUGCGAUCAACUUUAUCCUGCUGUUUUACAAGGUGUCCACGUCCUCGGCGACGGUCGAGGACAAGCAGGCAAUCUACAGCGCUGCAGCGGGCACCGGUCUGCGCUGGGACCCCCCGGGCGGCUCGCCCGCUGACCGUCACGCUGCUGUGCACUUCGUACUGGAGGAGAGCACCGGCUACAUGGAGCCCACCCUGCGCAUCCUGGCCGUGCUGCACACAGUCAUCUCCUUCUUCUGCAUCAUAGGAUACUACUGCCUCAAGGUUCCCCUGGUGAUCUUUAAGAGGGAGAAGGAUGUUGCGAGAAAGUUGGAGUUUGACGGACUUUACAUCACAGAGCAGCCGUCAGAGGACGACAUUAAAGGACAGUGGGACAGACUGGUUAUCAACACACAAUCUUUCCCAAACAACUACUGGGAUAAAUUUGUGAAAAGGAAGGUGAUGGAUAAGUAUGGAGAGUUCUAUGGACAUGACCGCAUCAGUGAACUGCUGGGCAUGGACAAAGCUGCACUCGACUUUAGCCACGCUCAUGAGAAGAAGAAACCCAAGAAAGACAGCUCACUCGCUGCAGUGCUGAACUCUGUUGAUGUGAAGUACCAGGUCUGGAAGCUGGGAGUCGUCUUCACAGAUAAUUCUUUCCUGUACCUAGCCUGGUACAUGACCAUGUCCAUACUGGGUCACUAUAACAACUUCUUCUUUGCUGCCCACCUGCUGGACAUUGCCAUGGGCUUUAAGACCCUGCGGACCAUCCUGUCGUCUGUCACUCACAACGGUAAACAGCUGGUCCUCACCGUGGGCUUGCUGGCGGUGGUUGUCUACCUCUACACUGUCGUUGCCUUCAACUUCUUUCGCAAGUUCUACAACAAGAGUGAAGAUGGAGAAUCUCCAGACAUGAAGUGUGACGACAUGCUAACGUGUUACAUGUUUCACAUGUAUGUGGGUGUUCGUGCUGGUGGUGGCAUCGGCGACCAGAUUGAGGACCCAGCAGGUGACGAGUAUGAGAUCUACCGGAUCAUCUUUGACAUCACAUUCUUCUUCUUCGUCAUCGUCAUCCUCCUUGCUAUCAUUCAGGGGCUGAUUAUCGAUGCAUUUGGUGAGCUGAGAGACCAGCAGGAACAGGUCAAAGAGGACAUGGAGACCAAGUGUUUCAUCUGUGGGAUCGGAAAUGACUAUUUUGACACAGUUCCACACGGUUUCGAGACGCACACUCUGCAGGAGCACAACUUGGCCAACUAUCUGUUUUUCGUGAUGUAUCUCAUUAAUAAGGAUGAAACAGAACACACAGGCCAGGAGUCCUACGUUUGGAAAAUGUACCAGGAACGCUGCUGGGAAUUCUUCCCGGCGGGAGACUGCUUCCGCAAACAAUACGAGGACCAGCUCAACUAACGCACACCUCAAGGACACACACACACACACACACACACACACACACACACGGACACAGAGAGACUCCGGUCCCUUGGACUUUUUUCUUGGUGAUUGUUGUGAAGAAAGGGACUGUUCGGAAUGCGUUUUUGCGAUCCUGUACAUAGCUGAACUGCUUCUCCAUCGACCUACUUCCAGAAUGCACUGGGAUGCGCACACAUGCUGAGAGGGAGAAACGUUUGAGCGCUCAGUGCUUCUUCAUCCGACAUUUGCAUUAUAAGUCACAAGCAAAGACAAGCAAAAAGAAAGAGCGAGAGAGAAAGAGAGAGAGAGAGAGAGAGAGAGAGGGGAGAGAGAGGGAGGGAGAGAGAGAGAGGGAGGGAGGAGGUAUAGGGAGGGCCUUGCGGGGGGAGGAGGACAUCUAUAGCAGAACAUGCAUGAAAAGAACACAAUUAUCUCUCUCUCCUUCUCCACCUCCUUGUUUGUCAGGAUGAAGGGAGUGAUAGAUGAAGAAAGGAUGUGUGAAUGGAUGAGUAGAUAGAUGGACGCAUGAAUGGAUAGAGGCCAAAAAGGGCAGAGAAGUAUGGGCACCCUGAUGAAUUGUCCUGGUGUGACAGACUGGAACAGUGCCUUACCAAGAAAAGGGUGUGCUAUGCAAACAGGCUCACAGAGAGAGGCGGCUCUUCCGGGGACCUGACCGGCAGGCCGCCGGGUUUGGGCUGGGCUGGUGUUUAUCUGGAGAGACAAUUUGUAUCUGUAUGACAGUUACUGGAGUUGUGAAAGUUUCUAAACUCAGAGGGCUACAGUAUGACUAACCUACAUGGGGUGUGUGAGACACUGUACCACAGGAGGCAUUAGUACGCCUGCUGGACUCAUAUCAGAAACUCCUCACCUCUUAUCAUCACAUGUCAUAGCAGAAACUCCUCACCUCUUAUCAUCACAUGUCAUAGCAGAAACUCCUCACCUCUUAUCAUCAUGUCAUAGCAGAAACUCCUCACCUCUUAUCAUCACGUCAUAGCAGAAACUCCUCACCCCUUAUCACACGUCAUAGCAAACACCUCACACCUUAUCACACGUCAUAGCAGAAACACCUCACACCUUAUCACACGUCAUAGCAGAAACACCUCACUCCUUAUCAUCACACAUCAUAGCAGAAACACCUCACUCCUUAUCAUCACACGUCAUAGCAGAAACACCUCACACCUUAUCAACACACAUCAUAGCAGAAACACCUCAUCACAUUUAUUCUAUUUUUUUCUUUUUCUUCAUUCAUUUGGUAAUGCAUUUAUGCAACAGCAGAGUUAACUGUUUAUAUACAAGUUCUAGAAAACUAUCUGGAAAAAAAGUUUCAUUUUUGCAUGUUUAUUAUGCAAGUUUAAGGAGAACGUUUGAAAAAUUUAAGACACCAGAUGACCUACGUCAUGCAAAGUUUUAUAGGUUUAAGAUCACUUAAGAUAUCUCUAUGCUAUCCAAGUGUUGUGGGCUUUCUUGUGUAUUUCAAAACCAGUGUCAUCAGCCAAGAAUUCAUUUCCUUUGGUUGAAGAGUCUGCAAAGGCUUCCUUUCAUGCCUUUGUGGAGACGCCGUAGAAAUGUGCUUUUCCCCCUGUCUGAAUGGAGUUUGACCUACGCUGAAGCAAUACUCAUUCAGGGAGUCCAAUGGGACCUACCCACACUGUCCACACAAAGCAGCAGAGGGAGACGCGCCUGUCACCACGCCUCCUGCUUUCUCUCAUUGGGCGCCUAAUUUCAUGUCCCGAGUGUUGAAGUGGCUGAUGGUUCCAUCCGAGCGUCGGACAUGUGUAUCGUUAGAAAGUAUUACUGUGCUAUGAUAGAUUAUUGCUUAUUACAACAUCGCUCCAACCAUUGCGCACCAACCUUAUUUCUGCAUCGCCAUAGGACAUUAAAAAGCACUUUUGUUUAAUUUCACAAAAACAAUGUGAAAACCAUUGCAAUAACAACUCGGCUCAAGCCAACUAUAUAAGUGGAAUUUUACUCAUGUAAAGAAUUUUGAUAACAAAGCUCAUGGGGGGGGGGAAGAAAAAGUUGUAGGAAAAUAACCUGUCACAAGUGAGUGUGCUGUUCUGAGUUGUGAAUCCAUAACUAAGUGUUAAACCUGUAAGGGAAACUCAAAGACACUGAUGGACUUGCAUGAUUUUGAGAAAUAAAUACUUAUUUAUUGAAGAA